UUCACUCAAUGGCCGCCACUGAUGCUAAUUCUAGUAGUUAUUCUACUAAUGAUAAAAAGGAAAAACGAAUUGAUGGUGGUCAACUGGAAGAUGAUGCAAUCAAGAUGCUGCUUAAAUCCAUGGGAGAAAAACUAGAAGAGGUCAGUUCCUUGCAAUCCAGAUAUGUUAUAUACAGUGUACCCAUGCGUCUUCGCAAGGUAAAGCCAGAAGCCUACACACCUCAAUCAAUCUCAAUUGGUCCUUUACACCAUAAUAAGGAAGAACGCUUUCGAUCCAUGGAAACACAUAAGUUGCGGUAUUUAAAACACCUUCUAGAGCGACACCGUAACGAAGAUGUGCGUAAUUUGGAGACCUUAAGUGUUUGUAUCAAAGAGGUGAAUAAAUUGGAAGAAAAAGCUUGGAAAUAUUAUUCAAAAAGCAUCAUGGGCUUCGGAAAAGAUGAAUUUGUAAAGAUGAUGGUGAUGGAUGGUUGCUUUAUACUUGAGUUCCUUCAUAUGAAAAUUUUAAUGGAGGACGAUCAUUUCUUAUCGGAUGCUUCAUGGUUUUCAGAAAUUAUGUUGGACCUAAUUAAGUUUGAAAAUCAGCUUCCCUUCUUUAUUCUUGAGAAAUUAUAUGAGAUAAUCUUUAUUAAACUUGAUAAACGCCAAUACAACACAUUCAGUGAUCGUAUCUAUGGGGAACUCUUACAAUGGUUUGUAGAAGGACUAGUCCAUGUCCCCACCAUCACUCAUACUGAAUCACUCUUAAAAUUGGUAGCAGAAGGUGGUCCCCACAGCCCAAGCAUCAGUAUUGAACCAGUAUCAUUUUGCUUUGCCAUUGCCAUCAGUUACACUUUUUCUUACAAUGUAGGCUUCAUCUUUACUUUGCAGAACGAUAGUGAUCAUCAGAAGCAGUCCCAACCUAACAAUUGUGCAAUGGAGCUCAAGAAGGCCAUAGUCAAGUUUGAGAAGAGAGACAAUAUCCCAUGGCAUCAUGGAAGCAAAGAGAAUGGUAGGUUUGACGCAUUUUCCAGAGUUCUAUGUUGCUUUUAUCACUUUAUAUAUAGGAGAAAGUUUUUCUUUAAUUUGCUUUUGUUUCAACGUUUGAGGCUUCCUUUACUUCCCUUACCAGCUAUCAACACAAAGUGCACUGCGUUCUCCCUUGUCGACAGCCAUGCUGAAGUUGGAAAGAACGGUUGGGAGCUUCAUUCAAUGGCCACGGAUGAAGGACUUGAUGAUUGCCAAAUGGACAACGAGGACAUCAAGAAAUUGGCGGUGUCCAUUGAGGGAAAACUAGAAGAGAUCAGUUACUUGCAAUCCCAUUAUGAUAUAUACCGAGUUCCCAGGCAGCUUCACAAGCUAAGUCCAGAAGCCUACACACCUCACUCAGUCUCAAUUGGCCCUUUGCACCAUGAAGAGGAACAUUUACGGACUAUGGAAACACAUAAGUUGCGCUAUUUAAAGCGUCUUCUAAAUCGACAACCUACAAAGAAAACCUUAGAUGUUUACGUCAAAGGUGUGAGUAAAUUGGAAAAUAAAGCUCGGAACUGUUAUUCAGAUGUUGGCUUCGAAAAAGAUGAUUUUGUAAAGAUGAUGGUGAUGGAUGGUUGCUUUAUACUUGAGUUCUUCCUGACAAAUCUGAAAAAGGAGGAGGAUCAUUUAAGAUCAAAUACUUCAUGGUUUUGGGAAAUUAUGUAUGACUUGAUGAAGCUUGAAAAUCAGAUUCCCUUGUUUGUUCUCGAGCAUUUACAUGGCCUAAUCUUUGAUUUUCAUGAAGUGUGGGCCCAAUUCAAUUUUUGUUAUCAUAUCUAUGUGACGUUCUUAAAACUCUUUGCACCAGGAUUCCAUGCCCCAAUCAUUGAUAGUGAAGAACUAAAAUCAUUACCAUUUCCAAGGGGCGGGCCAAAGCAUAUUCUUGAUCUUUUAAGAUACGUCCUCGUUCCGCCAUCAUCUCAGAGGACGAUGGAACCUGGUGGAGAGAUUUUGCCGCUUACAUGUUGUGCCUCAAAUCUUAAGAGGGCUGGUGUCAAGUUUCGGAAGAGGGAGUAUUCUCAAUAUUCAAAGACGUAUUUAUUCGACAUAACCUUCGACAUGGACAAUGGAGUAUUGACAAUCCCAACUAUCGAGCUCAAUGAUGCCACAGAACUCAUCCUUAGAAACCUUACUGCCUUUGAACAAGGUCAAAAUUGUAUAGAAUAUUUUACAAGCUAUGCACACUUCAUGGAUGGUCUCAUUGAUGCUGUCAAAGACGUCGAGUUGCUACAGCAGAAGGGAAUUAUUAUAAACAUCCUUGGCAGCGCAGAAGAAGCGGUGAAUUUAUUUAACAACAUUGGCAAAGGUAUUUCCCCCAGGAAUCCCAUUUUCUCUAGUGUUAUCAAGGAUUUGGAGAACUAUCACAAUAAAUCAUGGAAUAAAAGGAAGGCAAAUUUGAAGCAGAACUAUUUCAACACGCCAUGGGCAUCAAUUUCAGUCGGUGCUGCGGUGUUCCUCCUCAUCUUGACGAUCAUACAAACUGUUUGUUCCAUCUUACAACUUAAACCAUGAACAAGUACUUAAUCUGUCAUGUAUCUAUUUAUAUAUUAGAUGGUUGUUGUGAUGUAAUCUCGCUUGCUUUCCCUUUUUUUUUUUAUUAAGAUGAUCUGAGAUGUAAUAAUAUUGUCAAUCAUAAAAACUCAAUCCGUGUUCCUUAAGAAUCAACCUCAACUAUGA